UUAAGAACAUCUACCAUAUUGUAGGUGCGGUGUGGGACAUUGGACUUUCCAGGUUGCCAUCAUAGGUUGUCAUCACAACCUGAAUAUCAUUUUUCUUACUAAACCAUUAUACGGACCCUGUCUCGAGACGGCAACUGAUGCCUCGAACGUGGUGUCAUCGACUGACAUGAAAGCCAUCAGCAGCCACUUCAGCAAUCACCCAUUACUGCCAAGUAGACGAGAUGUCCCCCAGAGCGAGUCGACCCCACGGGGUCGAGGUACGUAUAUAACACCUCUCAUAGUGCGGUAGGAGAGUUGUUGGGAUGGGUGAUGUGAUCGUUCUAGGUUCUCCUGGGAUAUUGGCAAUCAUGAAACCUUGCUGGGCAAUAAGGCUCAAGUAUAGGUAACCGGCCUCUUACACGUGACGAAUCUGACCUCAGGCUCCGUGGAGGUGCCUCAACCGCCAUCCAUGACACAACCUGAUGUCUUUGACAUCGCCCGAUCACGAACUGCGGAUGCCCUGUGGCUGAAGAUUGCAUGGCUCGGCACUGGCAAGACUGGCUGGGUAGAGGUAGGUAGGUAAGGUAUGUAGUGUCGCGGCGGCCUACACUGCAGCGGCGCUACAGUGGCCCAUGCUUCACUAAGCCCGGCACCGAACCUUGUCGCCCACGCCGUGUUCCUGGAUCGUCAACCUUCCAAAACCUAAGGUGGGACUCGAAACAGGAUGCCGCCUGCUGGGCUCCAACCACCGACGACCGGACCGCAUCCAAGCUACAGUACCCCCCUCCCCCUCGCUGGACCAUUUCUCUUUCAUGUGAUUGUGGGUGUGCGUAGAAUAGCUUCUGGAAAGAUCAGAGAAAAGUGGACGAUAUACGACAGAAACAACAGAUUAUUCCAACCCUCUUUGAAAAUACCAUUCUUAGCGUCAGGCUAUCCGUCUAGUCAAAGAUUUCGACAUCGAAUUAUGUGGCCUUUCACACUUGACAGCUCUCUGAAAUACAGGUGACUGCCGCAAUUCAGGGUCCCCAAACACUUUCUUGUCCCCUCCAACAAUCAACAUCCACACAACACUUUCGACCACGACUUCGACAGCUCGCCAUUCAACCGAUCCAAGCCAUUGGCUACCAGACGGGCAUAGCACAUCAUCUUCGCCAUUUCCGAAGUCCGUUCGAUGUAGUCCGAGGCCCGAGCCACGAAGCACAAAGCUCAAAACCUCGACCAUGUCAGAGCAUCUCCGACCUCCAAUUUCAGCCCCAUCCCACUCUCCGACUCUCCACGCAACCGACGUCAAAUACGAUCAGCAAGACCCCGAAGAAGACAUUACCAUCGGUACACGAACACCGAAACCCUACUGCCGUCAGAGCUCCGAGCUCCUCGAGCCCUCCGAACGACUCUUACACCGAGCAGCGACCGUGGCUCUGUCACAGCGUCAGCCCUCCCCUACAUCAGCCCACAACUCGAACCCGGCGAGCGAUAGCGGUACCGAAGCAGACGAUGAACAUUUCCUCAAGGGAUUGCCGGCCCCCAAAACCCGAUCACACAAGGGCUUACGUGGGAAGAACGAGCCGCUGUCGGGUACAUCAACACCCCUGCUUUCCCCCAACGCGCCAGACGAGAAUGGACGAGGCCCCGACCUGAACUCGAGAUCUGGCUUUUCCAUACGACUAAAAAGAAGUGAAGCCGAGAGAGCUCGUAGAAGGAAAGAAGUUGUUCGCCGUGGUGCCGAGGUGCUGCUGCUUGCUUGUCAGGGGGUGCUGGUAGCGUCAAACCAUGAUGUGCAGCCCUUUAUCCAAACAUAUCGAAAAGAACUCUCCGCCUUGGGCUGGCUAUUUUCGACACUACUUGCUCUUUACCCGCUGAGGCUCGUAGCUUGGGCAUAUCGUCGAGGCAACCCAUCGAACCAGUUGCCUCUUUCCGUCCCUACUUCCUUCGAUCCCGCUCCGGCGUUAUACCCACAGCUUAUACCGCUGUUCGUCUCGCUUCUUGUUGCACCAAAUGUCGAGGGUGUUGUGUUGCCAAACGUGAUUUUGAGCAUCUGCUCGCUACCAAGACCGUUGAUACCUGGCGCGGGAUACUGGGAAGAGUUCAGUUCUACACAGUGGCUUCUAUCUUGCAUUCCCCUUGUGGCGGGCGGCUCUGCUACGGAUCCCGAGAUCCUGACUUUGCUGUAUCCAUUGCACCAGACGCUAUGCUUGCUCUUGCAGCAACUUACCACGACUAGCCUGCUGAUUGCAGAAUUGCAAUUACUUUCCGUGGCCCUCAUUAACGUCCUUUUACUGGCACGAUCUCCCCAGGUCGUUAUUUUGAAGGCACUUCUCUGGGGAGGCGGUCUCGGCAUUAUCGCGCUAUGUGGUAAAGUCAUCCAAUGGGGUAUCUCUUUGGCUAGAGUACCAAAGUGGCGCUUCAAACGUCCUUCUGUCUCCAAGUCUGGAAGUACAUCUGGAUUCUGGAAGUUCUUCAGAGCCGCCAAACGUACAUACUAUGAUGGUAAAACUGACAACGAGGAGGUAUUAAGUGACUCCGAUCAUGUGGUUUCGGGCCAUAAUCGCAACCGAAGCUCCGCAACUCCUUCCUGGGAUUUGAGCUUCUUGAAAGGAAGGACAAGGGAGGAGAGCAUCACCAGCGCUGAAGAGAACUCACUUCGUCAAGCUAAUGGCGCGGAUGUUCGCUUUGAUGUGCAGGAGCCACCAUCGCCUCAGCAGCCCUCCUCACGAAGGCAUACAUUGCCUUCUCUGGGUAGAAUCACCAGCAUUGUUCGGUCCCAAACCACUCCUUCGGGUCGCCGGAAGCGCUCUGCCUCCUCCAGUGUACGCGCCUUCUUUUCCUUGACACAAGGACAAGCUGCUGUAAGGAAGUGGUUGUACGCCGGCUGGGUCUACGCUUGCAUACUGGUCGUCAUUUUGGUUGGCGUUCGAGAAUGUGUGGGACGAUACGCUCUGGCUGGACAAGAGCCCGUGGGGUGGGCGCUUGGUUAUCUAUUUGGCGACAUUCCUGAGUUCAGGCUCGAAGUCGUCAAGGCGGGUCUUGAAAGAUGGAUUUGCCUCCCGAUACGAGCCGAUGGUGAGGCUUCCGGCGCCUUGGGCGGCUGGGUUCAGUUGGUCCGGCAGUCUGUCUUCGGAGAAGCGAAUACCCGUCUCCUCCUCAGCGGCUACUGGCUAGUCAUCAUCAUAAUCGGCCUCGCCGUCGUGUUCCGCCUGUCGCCUUUUUACGAGGUUGAUACACGUCGGAAGGUCUUUCAUUUUAUGAUGGUCGCCAUGUUCUUGCCUACCAUCUUCAUUGACCCAACCUACAUCGCUCUGGCUUUGUCGAUCGUUCUCGCCAUCUUCCUUCUGGUUGACCUUCUCCGGGCCAGCCAGCUCCCCCCUUUGUCUACGCCUAUAGCCCAGUUCCUUACCCCAUACGUCGACGGAAGAGACCUACGCGGCCCCGUCGUAAUCUCGCACAUCUUCCUCCUUAUCGGAUGCGCCAUCCCUCUAUGGCUCAGCUUAGCCGCAUUGCCGCGCAUCGGAGAAGGCCCCUUAGCAGGAUGGGAGGUCCCGCUCCGUGACAUUAGCAUGGUCGCCGGAGUCGUAUGCGUGGGACUAGGCGAUGCGGCAGCUUCGCUGAUCGGAAGGAGAUGGGGUCACAGAAAGUGGCUCUGGGGAGGCGGCAAGAGCAUUGAGGGAAGCAUUGCGUUCGCGACAGCGGUGUUUGUGGGGUUGAUGACGGCUAAUGUUUGGCUGUUUGUUGGGGGCUGGCCCUCGACUGUCGGCAUGCUUUCUACGGUUGCCCGGGAAGCGGAACUUAAUGAUGGCUUUGGAUCGAGCGAGGGUGCGGCCGCGGGUGUCGGCGAGCUGGCGAUGGAUAUAAUCGGGAAGUUAUGGGAAGCCUUGUCUCAAUUGCCAAAGGCAUCGUGGUCGGCGACGGUGGUGAAGACGGCGGUAUGUGCUUGCAUGGCAUCGCUCACAGAGGCGGUGUUGACAGGAGGUAAUGAUAAUGUGGUCGUGCCGGUUGUGCUGUGGACUUGUGUCAAAAGUAUGGACAUGAAUUUGAGGUAGUGCCAGAGUAUGAUACUCCUGCUUAUUAUAGACGAAGAGAUAGAUAGACUAGGAAAGUGUUACAAAAUGUCCAAUCUUGUG